CCAGAGGCCACCAGCCUGUCGACCUUCGAGUUGGACCCUGAGAGUUCCAAGUGGGUGGAUGGAUAACCUCCGAGUUAAUAUGGCUGCCUGGUUCACCUACCUCAAUUACCUCUCUUAGGAUCCAUAUUUGCGCUACUCUCGUCCUACCUACCUAUCCAAACCAAAAAAUAUUGACCGACACCGCAGCUAGUUUAAGUGUCCCACCUCAAAUACACCAAGCAACUCACGAUGGCCGUAAUUAACGGGCCUUCUGUUUCCGACGACGAGGACUUCGAUGUCGUCGAAGGCGCCGACCCUGUGAGCGACUUGUCCUCUCCCGUAUCCCAGCAUGGCCAGCCGCCACAUCAAUAUUGGCCGCCCGAACACUAUGGACGAGCCUUCGACAACGGACAACCAACCCAACCCUCCCAACAUGCCCAACAGCCUCCAGUCGCACCAGGUACCCGGGACUCGUUGAAUGACUCCUAUCUUGCAGCUUCCAGUUGGAUGUCGGAGAAUGACGAUGAGCCUGAGAAGGGCUCGUCUGCCCUGAAAUAUACCAAAUCGGUAAUGCAGCGAUUCUGGACCGGCCAGGAUCUACUCAUCGCCGUCAUGGGAAUGACAGGUUCUGGCAAGACAACUUUCAUAUCCAAAGUAACAGGGCGUCCUGAUUUGAAGAUUGGGCAUAGCCUGACAUCCUGCACACGAGAUAUCGAGGUAAUCGAGACCAAAAUCGACGGCCGAGUGGUCCGCUUUGUUGACACGCCCGGGUUUUCGGACACCAAUCUGUCGGAUAGCGAAGUCUUACAGCUUAUUGCCGAUUACCUCGCCGCGGCGUACAAGAACGACAUGAAGCUCUCAGGAAUCAUCUAUCUGCAUCCCAUCUCCGACACGCGAGUAACUCACCAUGCGACAAAGAACCUACAAAUGUUCCAGAAGCUCACGGGAGAGAACAACCUGAAAAAUGUGGUACUGGCGACGAGCAUGUGGGACAAGGUAUCGCCAGAAGAAGGACUGGCGCGUGAGCAAGAGCUGAAGAACAAAUUUUGGAAAGUGUUGCUAGCAUUCGAAGCGAAAGCCCUUAGAUAUGCGGGAACGGCCGAGUCAGCGCGCUCGAUAGCGCAAAUCCUCAUGGCCAACAAGCCGUUCUUCGUCCGGCUCCAGAAAGAAAUGGGCAAGGAUAACAAGGCACUCAGGGACACAGCGGCGGGUCAACAGGUCAUGAUGGAACUGGUCAAGAUGAAGGAGGAGCACAAACGCGAACUCGCGGACAUGGAGGCGACGAUGCGGAACACGGCGGCCGAGAACAAGCUUGUGGUGGAGGCGCUCAAGGAACACUAUCAGGAGAGACUCAAGGACCUCGAGAAGAUGCUGAAUGAUGAGCGGCGACUUAACGAAGAAGCCGUCAAGAGCCUCAAAGAGCGCGUCAAUGCGCUGGAGAAUAGAGGAAGGUGUGCAGUCAUGUAAAAAACAAAUGACAAAAUCGGCCUGCGAUUAGUCCAAGGCUAGCAGCCUACUUACCGUACUAGUAAUAUAAUGAUCAACGACAAAUGGUAGAUGCAACCUUGGAAUCCUUUGGCCAUUAGCGAAUACACGCAGUAACGCCCUGGUGAUCAAUACUGAGGCUAUACUAAAAUCCCCCAUGCAAUAAAUACAUCAUCAAACCGCAUGAAGUGUAUCGUGCUAAGGAUUUCUUACCAUCGCGUCGAUG